UUAUUAUUAUUAUUUGUUCCUUGGUUUCCUAGUGAAAUAUAGGGCUUCAGUGGCACGUCUCCAUUGCACUCUCUUCUCUGCAGUCUUUUGUACCUGCCUCCACGACUGCCCACAAGCUUUGAUUUCUUCCUCACACGAUUUCCUCCAUGUCACCCUCGCCUCGGACAUCCAACUCGUCGUUUCCCCUUUGGAUUCCGCUCGACGGAAUGGGCUGUCCCCAGUCGGCCUUCUCAGUGUAUGCCCAAUCCAAUCAAUCUCCACUUCUUUCUGCAUAUUUGUUGGGCGAUGGGUUCUUGGUUGGUUUCGCUUGGGGUGGACAGGAUCAUGAUUGCGCGCCAGUUCUUGCAAAGACUUGUUUGGAAGUUUGACAAGGUAGCUCUUCUUCUUCCAAUCGACAGGUACCUUGCCUUCCUUCCAAACCUUCUGCAGUAGUGGUGUGACCAUCUCCGAUGUUAUCUCUGCAUCUGUUUUCAGUGCUUCUGGUGGAAUUCCAUCUGGUCCUGUUGCUUUCCCGGAUUCCAGCGACUUUAUGGGGUUCAGGACUUCUGCUUUUUCGGAGAGCUUGUGUUCACCGGUAGUUCUGCGGUUGCUGGUGGUAUUUCCAGACGAGUUUCGGGUGGCGGUGGCGGUCGAUUCAAGAGUUUUUCUGAUGUUUUCAGCCCAUUGUUUCUCCUCUUUGGUAACUAGGUUUCCUUCAUUAUCUUUCAUUGGUUUCGUCUGCGUUGAUCUCUUCCCAGUAACCUGGUUAUUUGACAUAGUGUUGUCAGGUCUCUCCUACCAGCAGCCUGUUCUGCUUCAACUGCCAAAGUGUCGUAGAAGUGUCUUUUGUCUUUGCGCGUAUUCUUCACUUCUUUGUCCAGUGUUUUGUACGUUGUACUCAGUUCCUCGUUUCGUUGUUUAUCCCUGCACCGCAUUGUACUGGUUCUCUGCUUCACCGGCUUCCUAUCCAUGCUCUAUCAGCUUCCAUGUAUCCCUCGAGAUCCAUUCCUUGUUUUCUUUCUCUUCCUAAUACGGUUAUGCAGGUUUCCUCCCACGUCUCUUUCAAAGAGUUACAGUGUUCUUCCAUGCAGGCUUCCUCAAGGAUGUUGCUCAAUAUCUAUCAUUUUGUCUUGAUAGCUGACGUGAAGAUAUCCUUCGUGUGCACAAAGUGGC